AUGUCAAUGAUUUGUGACUUUUCUGACAGUGAAUCUUUGACCGAAUUCAGAUAUUUAUUGGGACACCCGCCUACUCCUAGACGAGUUAGUAACUUGUAAGUUUCAAUUUUUUUUAUUUAAGAUGUAGUAGACGCGCGUAUUUUACAUUUAUCUUGUGUUUUAAUUUUUCAGCAUAAAUAAUAAUUUUUUAAAGCUAAAAUACUUGUUUCGUUCUAUAACUUACGCUUAAAAAGGGGCUUAUUAAGCCUCUGUGUUAAUUAAAAAGAAAUUUUUUAAAGGCUUACAAGGAAAGUACACCUGCCCUGCUCUGAAUGACUUCAAACUUUUUAUAUAGAAAGAUCAUGUAAAUAUAAGAUCAUCAGCAAAGUACUAAAUCGUGCUUUUCAAGAAAUCUCGAGAAAAUCGUGAUCAAAAAAUAACGUUUUGAAUUUCCCGCCAAGUUGGCAUUGUGUUUCAAGCUUAUAACUUUGCUAUUUUUUGACUUUUAAGAAUUUUUCUUUGACAUACUUGAAGAAUACCUUUGAAAAACCCUACAUUUUUAAAUUUGUAAGUGUAGCUUGGCAAGAAAGUCGAAAAAAACUGUUUGAAACACAAUGCCAAGUUUGCCGAAUUGGCGGGAAACCAAAAUAAUUCGAAUUUAAAGCUGAAACGCGCAAGUUAAAAUAUUUUAUGGGUUCUAUUGGUGGUACAAAGAACUUAUAUAAAGAUUUUGAGCUGAUUCUGAGCGAGGCAGGUAGGGUACUUUCCUUGUUAGCCUUUCACGCCUAGUAUAACAUUAUUCAAAUUUUAAAUAAAAUCUAAAUUUAGAAGUCGCAGUCGCCACGAAAGCAAGUUAUCAGACGCUGGAAGAUCAUUUCUAAGGCAUACAUAUCGUUUAUGUCGAAAGUUCAUGCGUGCAGUGUUCAAAGCUACAGCAUGCUUGCUGUGUAUCAAUGUAGAUGUUGUAGAGUACGGCUAA